AUGGACAAGUUGAGAGUCUUGGCUCUCAUCCAGCUGCUGGCUAUAUCCGUCUUUUCUCAAUCACAGAAACUGCAAGACCGCUGGGGUGAGUUUGGCCCCUAUGGCCCCUGCAGUCGGUCUUGUGGCACUGGAGUUGCAAUGAGGACCAGGAAGUGUAUCACUUUAAGGACAGAUGGGGGUCACAACUGUAUCGGAUCAUCCAGGUCUUUUCAGAUCUGUAACACAAAUGAAUGCCCAGUUGGAUCCAGAGACUUCAGAGAGGAGCAGUGUUCCCAAUUUGACAAAAUGUUAGUCCAAGGCAAACAUCACACUUGGGUGCCAUAUUACGGAGCCCAGCCGUGUGAGCUGACCUGUGUCACGCGAGAACAAAAUGUUGUCUACCGUCAUCGGCCCAAGGUGGUGGAUGGGACACCCUGCCACGUGGGCAGAAGUGACAUUUGUGUUGAUGGCCAGUGCAAGGCAGUGAGCUCGGUAGGCCAAGAGGUGUUUCCGGGUCUUCAAGUGGUUCCACAUCCCGACCACACCUCUCCCCCUGAACCCUACCCAACAGAGCCUCAAACAUACGAGUACAGAGUCAAUGUGUACGGUGAGUGCUCUGUCACCUGCGGCGGGGGAAUGCAGUAUCGCACGUUGGAAUGUUGGCUUCAGGACCCAGUGAACCCCCGCAUGGUGGACGAAACCCUGUGCAUUGGACGGCACUUGCAGCGGCCCGAAAGCCAGCAGGCGUGCAACAUGCAUCCGUGUAAUGCAAAGUACAGCGUCUCCGUCUUCAGUGAGUGCUCCCGCAGCUGUGGCGGUGGUGUCAGGGAAAGGCAGGUGGGCUGUUAUGACAGCAACCUGCGCCACUAUCCAGUUGCCAGCCUCUAG